UCUCCACCGACCUCUUUCUCUAUUCACUCGGAUCUUUUGCAAAUCGCAGAAACCACAAUAUCGAGCUGCAAACUUUUUAUGCACUGUAAAUACCGUGGGGACCGCCAGAAACUCAAUACUCUAAGAAUUCGAUUUUGUUCCUGACACUAAACCACGGUGUAAAACUUUGGACACAACGCUUUUACCAAAAUGGCGUCCUUUAAAGUCAACAUUCCAAUUCCUGCUCCCUCAGGAUCCUCAGCCUUCACUCAAACUCUUAAGGUUUGCCUGGCGGCAUCUGCCUAUGGAGUUCCGGCUCAGUUUGUCAAAGGUUUGUUUCCGCUUCAUUUACUAUCAUGACUCAUGACUCAUUUUCGCUGUUACAUAGUUUCCGGCCAGACCAACAUAAGUCUUGAGAUUCCAAAAGAGAACAAAAUUCUGAUAGAGGCGAAUGCCAUCGUUCGGUACUUUGCUGCUAUUGGGUCAAAGCCUUGGUUGAAAUCAGGAGAGGAGGUCUUAAAAGACUCUGCUCUCAUUGAGUUUGAGGAGUCCGGACAAGGGAUCAAAGCUGCGGAUGUCGCCGAGAGAGCCAUUUCCAAAGCAAAUUUCUCAGCUGUAGGACUAUUCCAGGGGUCGAGACCAUUCCCGCUUUACUAAUAUUUGUUUUUUUAUCUAGGACCCAGCACUCCCGCCGAGUCCUGCGGAAAUAAUUCUCUUCUCAAACUUAUGGGAUCUGGCUUCAACCUCCACUUCGGAUGACGGGUCCACGCUCGCGAACUGGCUCAUUAGGAUUAUUGGAACGGAGUGGGCAAAGAUCGGAACUGAGCAAGCUAUCACUCACACGACAGACAAGCUAGUCACAAAGAGCGAUGGAAAAGGGGUUGGAAAGGGCGCCGUAAAGGGUGUUUCAAUUCCGGCCCAUGACACACCACGCGAGAUGAUUCAGAGAAUCAAUGAGGGUACGGGCAUGAAAAUAAGGGAUCCUAACGAGUCUAUGUAAGCCCCGGAAAAUAGUUAUAUAUUUUAUGCUAUCCCCAUGGAGCUAAUUCUACGGAUAGACUCCCAAUCCAUGGCGAGAGAAAUAUUCUCAUCACCUCUGCGCUUCCUUAUGUUAACAACGUCCCUCAUCUUGGGAACAUUGUUGGAAGUGUCCUCAGCGCAGAUGCGUUUUCUAGGCAAGAGAAAUGCUAUCUAUUGUAAUUUGGCGUACUAUUCGCUGACAAUUACUCAGAUACGCAAAGGCUCGCAAUUAUAAUACCCUGUACAUUUGCGGAACUGAUGAGUAUGGAACUGCCACAGAGACCAGGGCUUUAGAGGAGGGUGUCAGCCCUCGGGCUCUAUGCGACAAGUACAAUGUACUUCAUGCCGAGAUUUACAAAUGGUUUGAUAUCGGGUUCGAUUAUUUUGGCAGGACCACGACAGACGCCCAGACUGAAAUUGCUCAAGACAUCUUCCUAAACCUUCAGAAGAGUGAUUUCUUAGUUGAGGAGUCUAUGACUCAGCUAUUUUGUGAAAAGCAUCAAGGAUUCUUGGCCGACAGAUUUGUUGAAGGUACAUGCCCCAAGUGUGGCUAUGAGGAUGCAAGGGGUGACCAGUGCGACACCUGUGGUCUUCUACUUGAUCCCUUUGAACUUAUAAACCCGAGAUGCAAGCUUGAUGGAACUGGUCCUAUCAAACGCGACUCAAAACACAUCUUCAUUCAACUCGACAAACUCCAACCCGAAAUUGAGGAGUGGGUUAACAAGGCUUCUGAAGAGGGCCAGUGGUCUAAGAACGGUCGGAUAAUCACUGAAUCGUGGUUGAAGACUGGGCUUAAACCACGAUGCAUUACGCGUGAUCUUACUUGGGGGACUCCGGUGCCUGUGCCGGGCUAUGAGGAUAAGGUUAUGUAUGUGUGGUUUGAUGCUUGCAUCGGAUAUAUUUCUAUCACUGCCAAUUAUACCAAAGAAUGGAAGAAGUGGUGGAAGAAUAAGGAUGAAGUUAAGCUUUAUCAAUUCAUGGGCAAAGACAAUGUUCCUUUCCACACUGUUGUUUUCCCUGGAACUAAAAUUGGCACUCGAGAGGGAAAUUGGACUAUGUUGCAUCAUAUCAGUACUACAGAGUAUCUGCAAUACGAAGGAGGCAAGUUUUCUAAGAGCAGAGGGAUUGGCGUGUUUGGAAACAAUGCACAAGACACCGGAAUUCCGCCUAGUGUACGAUCCCCACUAUAUUGCAUUAUUAAAGAGCUACAGCUGACUCUGUUAGGUUUGGCGCUACUACCUCUUAUCCUCCCGCCCAGAGACAAGUGAUACGCAGUUUGUCUGGCAAGACUUUGCUACCAAGAACAAUUCAGAGCUUCUAGCAAAUCUUGGGAACUUUGUUAAUCGUCUUAUUAAGUUUGUCAAUGCUAAAUAUGCUGGGGUGGUCCCUAAUUAUACUACCGGAAUCAAUGAUCUAUCCUUCGGUCAAUAUAAGGAAUCAGUCAAUGCCUUGCUGAAAUCUUACAUUGAGGAGCUCGAGAACGUUCAUAUCCGCGCAGGCCUUGAGAAAGCUAUGGCAAUUUCCGGUGAAGGCAAUAGGUUCUUGCAGGACAACAAAUUAGACAACGCACUAUUCACGAACUCUCCCGAGAAAGCAGCGGCCGUAGUCGGUUACGGCCUCAAUCUCGUAUACCUCCUAUCUGCCCUCAUAUAUCCAUACAUGCCUGCAACUUCCGAAUCGAUAGUCAAGCAACUCAACGCACCACCCCGAGCUAUCCCUGAUGUUUGGGAUGUCGAUGGCUUGCUUCCAGGCCAUGUCAUCGGAAGAGCCGAGUACCUUUUCAGCAGGAUCGAGGAGAAGCAGGUUCAGGAAUGGAAGAACAAGUACGGCGGCAAGCAGGAAGUAGAUGCCCGGGAUGCAAAGAAGGAGAAAAAGAAGGGGAAACCGGCGGCCAAGCAGCAGAAUGCUAAGCGAGAAGAUUCGGCGAGCCCUAGUCCUGCGUCCACUCCCACAGCUAAUGUGGAAAUCAGACCAGUAGUCUAAGUUGAUCAGUCAUCCGCUGUUGUUUCGUCUUGGGUUCAAGUGAAUAAAAUUAGGGGAUUUUCUUUGGAGUUUACAAGAGGCUUGGUAAAGGGGAUGAGUUAUCUUGUUUGGUUUAGUUUUUUCUAUUCGGUCUUUUCUCGUCAUGCGCAGUGUGGAUCGACAUACGAGAUACCGAGUGAGAAUUAAAGUGGCUCUUCUGUGACUUUUUUUUUCUCUCUACGGGCUCCAUGAGGCCAGUUUGUGGUCGGUCAGUAUCCGGGCUUGUACCUUGUUGAACUUGCUAGAAGGGCGCCAUUACUUAGAUAUCUGCCGCCCUGCUUGCCCGACCAAGGCGGCCAUGAAGCUCGUCUUCCAGCUAUACUGCCCCCAUUGAUUUUAUGAGGAACGGGAUCCCGGUAAUAAGGCUUCUAUAUCAGCAUUAGUGACUGGCUGACUUCUACGCACUUGGAUUACCCAUCUGUUCAAAUAAUUAGGGUCAUUCAAUAUACGGGUGAACUCGGGGGUCAACUCUCGUCCCCACCCUUGUGGCCUUCACAGAAAUUUUUAUCCCACCCUAUCUGUUGAGUUUAGUGCUUAUCCGUCAAACAGACUAGUUUCCUUUUAGUUAGUUUCUCCUAGUACUUUCCUCACCACUUUCUUCAACGUUAGUUACUGUUUGAGUGUUUCUUCAUUUCUUCCCUGUCCGUUUCACAACCGCACAACCAUGCCAUAUUCAACUAUGGUAUUCCGAGGUUCUCAUAUGUUUUUUCUUCCUCACCGAGGUUUCGUCAAAUUCUUUCCUCCGAGGUCCUCAUGUUACCGACCUCGGGUUUUUGUUAUUUCUUUUCUUUCACUUGAUAGUUUAAUUAGCAUAAAAGGCCACUGCUGCGCAGGUGGUAAGAAAAUCAAGCUUCUUUUCUCGUCCGCAGUCAU